AUGUUGCAAGGCAAUGUGGCUAGGCACGAGAGUGCCGAAGAUAACAUAGUUUGCGUGUCGCAGAGCGAUGUGGCUAGGCACGGGGGUGUCGAAAGCGUAAAGCUUGCAUGUCGCAGGGCAAUAUGGCUAGGCACGAUGGUGCCGAAGGUACAGAGCUUGUACGUCGCAAGGCGAUAUGGCUAG